CAGAGCGGCCACCAUGUCCUCUCGGACACCCAAAUACUCCCCCCUCCGCGAAAAGCCCAGUUUCGAGCAGCCCUCCUCCUCUACACCGGACUCUCCCCUUUCCACCGAGCACGACACAUUCCUCGAGCGAUAUUCCGACGCACCAACGCAAAACCACUCCUGGCUCGCCCGGGCUCGUCGCGAGCCAAUUCUACUCUCACUAUACAUCGUGAACACAGUGUUCCUAAUUUCUCUAAUAUCUCUCGUGGCCAGAAAUACCACUACGCAAUGCGAGGACCCCAGCCUCAGAGGCUUAUACUCGCCUCUAAACGACGCGGUCCGGUACAAAAACGCAGCGUUCAAGAAGGGUUUCAUCACGGAUAUGAGCGCGUACAUGGGCUGGCCGACGGACAAGAAGGAUGAGCUGUGGACGGAUUUGUAUCGCUACAUGCCCGUCCGCGUACCCAAGACCGAAGCGCACAGGCUGCCGAACAAGACGGCGCAUUUGACCGUCGACGGCUGGGAGGAGGAUUAUAUGGUUGGGAUUGAUGUAUUCCACCAACUGCACUGCCUCAACGUCCUCCGCCGCUCCUUCUACCCGCAGCGCUACCGCGGCAUGGGCAUGUGGCACCCCAACGGCACGCUCAACAUGCUCGGCUGGGUGCACAUCGACCACUGCAUAGAAAGCCUCCGCCAAUCACUGCAAUGCUCCGCCGACAUCGCGCCUAUCCCCUUCACCUGGAUGCCGGAGCGCAAGUACAUGCUGCUGCGCAUGGACACUUACCACCGGUGCCGCGACUUCGACGCCCUGCACGCGUGGACGCGGGAGAGGCAGGUGGGAGAGUAUAGCGAGAGCAGGCAUGUGGAGGGCGGGCGGGUGGUGGAUUAUGCGGGGAUGGCGGAUGUGCUGGCGGGUGUUAGUGAGGAGGAGUUGAGGCGGGUGAGGUGGGAUUUGCCGGCGGCGGUGAGGGAGGGGCGGCCUUGGGAUGGGGAGUAG